GCAGCAUUUAAUAUUUCUCGAAGUCCGCCCGACAUGGCCGACAACGACGUGGACUUGGAUGCGCUUCUAGACGAUGCGCUUGAUGACUUUGAUGACGAUGAGGUGGAUCCUGUGCAAGAAGCCAAGGCAAAGGUGGAGGCUGCUCAAACCCGCGAAAUGGAGAACCUCAAAGAAAGCAUGGCCAAGUUCCUUGAAGAUGCACACAAUCCAGAGUUCCAAAGCGUGUUGGAACAAGCAUUUCGCGAAAUGAACCCCGACGACACGGCCACUUCGAACGGGGAUAGCUUGGAAUCGUUGUUGGGCAGUUUGAAGUCCAAGACUACCGCGGAUGCCCCCGCCGCUGACGUAGACGUGGGGGUCGCACGGACAUUACAGAGCAUGGCGAAAGCGGCCGAAGACAUGGAAGGGUUGGACACCAACAAGACCGAGGAGAUGGGCGAAGAAAUGAUGCAGGAAAUGAUGAAGCAAUUCGAACAAAUGGGCGAAAAGAAUGACUUUCAAGGGUUGGUGGACGGCAUGAUGCAGCAACUGUUGUCACGAGAUGUAAUGUACGACCCCAUGAAGCAAAUCUGCGACAAGUACCCCGAAUGGUUGGCGGAAAAGGAACCGCACUUGUCGAAACAUGACUACGAACGAUAUGGCAAACAAUACCAGUACUUUCAACAAAUCCUUGCCGUGUACGAGAACGAGCCCGACAACUACGCCCGACUGUCCGAGCUCAUGCAAGAAAUGCAAGAAUGCGGCCAGCCGCCGUCGGAAAUCGUGAAGGAGUUAGCACCAGGGCUCCAGUUUGACGACGAAGGCAUGCCCAUCAUGCCGAAUAUGGGACCUGGAGCGUUCCCUGGGAUGGCGGGACUGCCUGGAGCUCCACGUACGCAGCACAUGUUCAUGCCAAACACUUGAUGGUUCUAACCAUACUCGUCUUAUGUAGUGGCAGGCAUGCCGGGCGCAGACCAGUGCUGCGUCAUGUAGUGACCGCCGCGGUGAAUCUAGUGACCGCCACACUCGAAGUAGAGGGUAGAUUAGUGACAUCGAAGUUGGGGAUAAAGUGGACCAAUCAAAAACACUUCGAAAUUC